UGACAUGCUUGAUGUCCUGUGUUGCAGCUCCAAAUGAGUGCACCUGCAGCGUCGGUGCGGAACCCAGACGACGACGACGACAACAACAACAACAACGGCGGCGGCGGCGGCGGUGAAAUGCAAGCAGCUGCAGUGGCGCCCUCCUCCUUCAUGCCCAGCCAGUCGGGGAAGAUCCCGGGCAGGAAGAGAGGAAGACCCCCGCUCCGCGGCGUGGCCAAGAUGGAUUUCCCCAGCCGCUACCCGGACUCGCUGCCCGCGCUGAAGGUGCCCAAGAAGAGGGGGAGGAAGCCAGGCUUCAAGCUGAAGGCCAGGAUGGUGAUGACGCCGCUGGCCAUCUCCCCGCCCAGCAGCACCCCCGAGCCCGACAUGAGCUCCAUCCCUCAGGACGCCGCCACCGUCCCGCACUCGGCCGCGCCCCAGGUGCUCACAGUGUGCAUCUACAUCAACAAGCAGGCCAACACGGGUCCCAACCUGGACAGAAAGAAGAUCCAGCAGCUGCCGGACCACUUUGGACCCGACAGACCCUCGGUGGUCCUGCAGCAGGCGGUCCAAGGCUGCAUCGACAGCGCCUUCCAGCAGAAGACCGUCUUUGCGCUCCUCACGCAGGGCUACGGCGGGGAGAAGAUCUCAGCCACCUUUGAUGGCAAGCAGCACCUCCUCAGCCUCCCGGUGGUCAACAGCAUCGACUACGUGCUGCGAUUCCUCAAGAAACUGUGUCGCAGUUUGCACUGUGAGAACCUCUUCAGUGACCAGCCCGUCAUCAGCCGCCGCAACUCCUACCUGUCUGACGCUGAAACGUCUCCGGCAGACGACUAUCGCCACGAGCAGGCAGACGUCAAGCGCUACCCGCUGGACCACGGCGAGUCCGCCUUCAGCUCCAUAAGCUCCUCCUACUCGCCAAAGUCCGCCUACGGCUUCCGCUCUUUGCAGCAGUUCCCCAGCGGCCCCACGCCCGUGGGCCCCUGCAGGCAGACGUCCGCCGGCCCCGACACUUUCUUAGAGGGCAACAGGACAGGAUGUUACCCUGCAGAGUCCCAGGAGUCCAAGGCUCCGGCCAGUAAAGAGCCGUCCUCUUGGACCGUGGACGAUGUGGUCUGGUUCAUGAAGGACGCCGACCCUCAGGCCUUGGGUCCUCACGCCGACGUCUUCAGGAAACACGAGAUUGACGGCCACGCCUUGCUGCUGCUGAAGAGCGACAUGAUGAUGAAAUACUUGGGCCUGAAGUUAGGCCCCGCCCUCAAGCUGUGUUACCACAUCGACAAGCUCAAGCAGAGCAAGUUCUAGAAGGCGGGAAGGUUUGAAGGAGAAUCACAACUUUUUUUUUUAUUCUUUCACUUUCACUUUGUUAACGGAACAUCCAAUCUUUUUUUACUUUCAGUUCGUUAACGGGACAUUUCACAUCUUCUUUUUUUUAACUUUCACUUUGUUUACAGAACAUCCAAUCUUUUUUUACUUUCAGUUCGUUAACGGGACAUUUCACAUCUUUUUUUUUUUAUUUUCACUUUGUUAACAGAACAUCCAAUCUUUUUUUACUUUCAGUUCGUUAACGGGACAUUUCACAUCUUUUUUUUUAAUUAACUUUCACUUUGUUUACAGAACAUCCAAUCUUUUUUUACUUUCAGUUCGUUAACGGGACAUUUCACAUCUUUUUUUUUUUACUUUCACUUUGUUUACAGAACGUCAAAUCUUUUUUUUUAACUUUAAUUUUAACAGGACAUUUCACUUUUUUUUUUAACUUUCACUUUGUUUAGAGAAUAUCACAUCAUUUUUUUUACUUUCGCUUUGUUUACAGAACAUCACAUAUCUUAUUAUUUUCACUUUGUUGACAGGACAUUUGACGUUUUUUUGUUUACAGAAUAUCACAUAUUUCUUUACUUUCACUUUGUUUACAGAACAUUACUUUUUUUUUUUACACCAAAUUAUUAUUUUUUUACUUUCACUUUCUUAACAUACAUUUCACAUCUUUGUUUACAGGACAUCAAAUCUUUUUUUACUUUAACUUAGUUAGCAGGACAUUUCACCUUUUUUUUUAACUUUCACUUUGUUUUCAGAACAUCACAACUUUUUUUUCUUUCACUUUGUUAACAGGACAUUUAACUUUUUUUUUAAUUUUUCAUUUUGUUUACAUAACAUCACAAC